CCACGAAGGGAGUAUCGACAACGUUACUUGUAUACGCUAGAUCUAAUGGCACCUUUCGUCUCGUCUAAAAAGGCUACUCGUCUCUGCAUAACCGCAGACAGAGACAGUUUUGACAGUAGCUUUCUGCACAGCUGGAGUCUUGAAGGGUUUGACGUUCGAUACUUGCCGCUGGUCAAGGACAAGAAAGCUUUUAUCCACGACCUCGAGGGCAUAAAGACGGGACUAAGUGUCAGUGAAUCAUAUGCCAUCAUAAGUUUCGGCGAGGCCGCCGCGGUCUGUCUGGAGCAUUUUCUCCAUUCACCGAAUACCAGUAAGCUCUGCGCACUGAUAGCUUACUAUCCAACAAGGAUCAUAGACCCGGAGCUUGCCUACCCGUCGUCAGUUCGUGUCAUGGUUCACUUUGCUGCGCAGGAUGUCACUGUGGUAUAUCCAUCCAGUGGGAGGGCGCAUAAGAGCCAGAGCGAAGUUAGACGUAUCACUUCGGCAAUGGGCACAGGAGACCGGCUCAGCGUCGCAUACCAGGCGUACGUGUACAAUGGCUCUCUACCAGAUUUCGCAGAGACGGACUCGAAGCAUUAUAGUCACAUAUCAGCACAGCUGGCGUGGAGUCGGUCGCUGAAGGCUCUGCAGCUGGCAUUCCAUAGAGAGGUUGAUUUGGAGGCCGUAUGGGAUGAGGAACAGGAAGCUAGGUACUUUUCGUCCAAGCCCGGCAGUUCGAUAGGCUGCUAUACAGGCGACAAGACACCUGCUGUUAAGUUCCAACCAACGGCACAGGGUGCGGCAGGUGCAACAGAUCUUCGCCGCUUCUAUGAAAGGAACUUUGGUGGAAAUGCGCCGGCUUCGAUGCGCCUGAGACUUAUCUCCCGUACCACCGGCGCCGACAGAGUGGUUGACGAGCUGUACAUGAGUUUCAAGCACAGCCAGGAAAUGCCAUGGAUCCUACCGGGCGUCGCCCCGACAGACAAACAAGUGGAGGUUGUGCUUAUCAGCAUUGCACAGUUUAUCGGUGGCAAAAUAUCUUCUGAGAAUGUUUACUGGGAUCAAGCGAGCGUGCUUUGCCAGGUUGGUCUGCUUGAUCCGGGCCUGGUCCCGCAGGGAAUUCAAGGAGUCCAGCGAAUUCCCGUUACUGGCAGGGAGGAGGCGAGAGCGGUAUUAUCUAGUAAAGGCUGACUUGAUAGGAUAUGAAAAUGAUAACAGAAG